AUGAUUACAAGAUGCCCAAGAAUUAACGUUUCUCUUGAUGAUUUGGUGACCAUGAGCACAUGGCAACACCUGCUUGACAAAGAUUUUCCCCGGUGA